AUGGAAGAUGGCGGUUUUGUGAUGGAGGAUGACGAGAGCGUUGGUGACCUGGACGAGGAGGAGGAGGAGGAGCAGGAAAGCUCGUCGCCAAGUGAAGACGAAGGCGAAGGUGACGAGGAGCUGGUAGUGAGCGGGACAGACGUGUUGACGCUGGUGGAGGAUGAGGAGGGUGACGACCAAGAGGAAGGAGGAGAAAAAGACGAUGAUGAGCAAGGGUCCUGGCACACGUUGCCGGAGGCUGAGGCGAUCAAGAUUACCGCCAUCAAUCGGCUCCUCAAGGCACGGCGCCUGCGAUCCAAGUAUGAGCGAGACAUCCUUCGAAUCAUGUCGGAGCUGCAGCUCGAUGGCAACACCAUUGCCCGGCACAUGGACAUCAAGACUGCGUUUGCCCGUUUCCGCGACCACCACGGAUGGCGUGGACUCAACUACACACACUUGCUGGCACAGUUUACCGACUUUCAUGGCCACGAUCUUACCGUGGCCACAAAGGCUCGACUGGUUGAAUGCGCAUGUGGCUCGAAGAAGAGAAGGCAACGCGGUGCACGAGAGCUCUUCAUUCUCCGCCUCUUUCAGUCAUGUUCCCCCGAGGAGCUAUCUGAACUGAAGUUGCAACUGCAGUCAUCCGUCAUCAACCUGUCACGUAUCCUGGACCAGCACAUGACUGACCGUCAAUUGAGGCAGCGAUUGUACACCAUCAUCGCUGAGAAGGCGCACAAGUAUCGUCAGCAGCACGCAGACCACCCACCGGAUGUCCACGUGCUCUCUGAUAUUGAUGAUACGUUUGUGCAUAGUGGGUAUGGUCUCGGCGGGCCAAAGUACCCCAAAGGAACGGUGCUGCCUGGUGCACUUUCACUGCUGAGUGCCGUGAGCACACGUGUGGCGUUUGUCACGGCCCGUCCCGCGUUUGUUGAGCGGCGCACGUUCCACUCUCUCCAGCGCAUGGGCGUGACCGCCUCUGUGCUGUGCGGCCACCUGAGUGACUCACUCCUCAUCCCGCUGGCGCCCGCCUUCUGCAACAGCCGCAUCAGCUCAACCAAGGUGCGCAACGUCGUGCGCUACUCCCUGCUCUUCCCAGAGUGCCGGUUCGUGUGGUUUGGGGACAGCGGGCAAGGAGACGUGCUCACAGCACUUGAGCUGCUACAGCAAGCCCAACAACAACUACAGCAGCAGCAGCAGGAGCAGUGUGCGCACGAGCGUGUCAGUGUGUCGAGUGUAUUGGGUGAAGCUGAGCGUGGCGGUGACGGCGCAGGGAAAGAACCAGCGUGUGGCAGAGGCGAUGUCGGCAGCGGUGGUGAGCGACGGAGGAGCAGGCAUGGAAAGGCGAAUCGGCUGUUUGGGGGCCAGGGUCUGGUAGCCGCGUACAUACAAGACGUGGUGCUGGAGGACGGGGUCACCUUUAAGACACCGCAUGAGGAGCGGAGGAGAUUGGCGGCCUUGGGCGUGCACGUGGUGGACAACUACAUUGCUGUUGCUCUGCACAUGCACUUGAGUCACAGCCUGUUGACGCCGGAGCAGCUGUCUCGCGUGGCGCGCGGGGCCAUUGCCGAUCUCAAGGCGGCUGCUGCGGGUUUCACUCGCCCCGGGGUGAAGGUGGCGCGCUUCAACGAGCACCGCACCCAGCUCGAGCGCGUCAAUCACGUGUUGCGCAAGGCGAAGCUGCCGGAGCUCAUGUUCAAGGACAUUGCGCCCACGCCGCCAUCCCACCUGGCGGCACUCAAUGCCUUGCUCAAGGAGCUUCCCCUCGCCUCGCUUGCAUAGCACAUCCCCUGUCCUUUGCGUGUGUAUGUGUAUUGUGUGUGUGUGUUGUUGUAAGGCUUGUGUCAUGCCACCUGCUGUGUUACGAUAACGAUAACAGGGGUGAUGUGAUCAGUCCUCAUUGAUUUGGUAGCAAAGGCAUCGUCGUCCGUCACAUCAUCGCACCAACACAACUGUCAGAACUACAAUCCCA